AUGCUUAUGGUUGUAUCAAUGAUUCCUGCCUUCGGUCUCUAUCUUAUGACUGGAACCGGGCGUCUACCGGGACUUUUGAUCUGGACUCUUUUUCCAUCCAGCUUCGCUGACAGAGCUAAGAAGUGGGUCACCGGGACCGUCACGUCCAUCGCCUCCUGGAUCGGAAACGCCAUAGGGUCACACACAAAUCAAGCUCCAUGGGCACCCGCAUACGUCCCAGCUAUGAUUGUUUGUGGCGUAAUGUAUGAUUUGAGGUGUGUCUUGUUUAUCGCUUGGGGGUUUUACUGCAAGUCGAUCAUGUCUGAGAAUUCUGAUGUAUUCGAGAAUCAGCGCAGGGAUGCUGUUGUUCCGGAAAUGGAGCUAUCACUGCAGGAGUCUUCUCGACAAGGUCAAAUUCAAGACGAAUCAGAUGUCACUGACCGGGAGAAUGUGUCUUCCAGAUAUAGCAUGUAG